UCCAAGUUGAAGGUGAAAAAACUCCUCUUUCAUCCCGUUAUCCGUCCCUGUUGCCCGGUGCGGUCUCUCCGGUAACGUUAGCAACUAUGUCGGUGUUUUGUGAGGUCCCACAAGCAGCUCCUGUUGCUGUCUUCAAGCUAACGCAGGACUUCAACAACGACCAGUUUCCUGAUAAAGUAAACCUUGGAGUGGGAGCUUACCGAACAGAUGAAGGCAAACCAUGGGUUUUACCGGUUGUGAAAAAGGUGGAAAAGAUCAUUGUGCAUGAUGACAGGCUUAAUCAUGAGUACCUGCCUAUCCUGGGUCUGCCUGAGUUCAGAUCAUCAGCCUCAAAGAUCGCACUGGGAGAAGACAGUCCAGCCAUCCAGCAAAACAGGGUGGGAGCGGUUCAGUGUCUGGGUGGUACUGGUGCUUUGAAGAUGGGUGCAGAGUUUCUGAGGCGUUUUUACAAUGGCAAUAACAACACCAAAACACCUGUCUAUGUUUCUGCACCUACCUGGGAGAAUCACAAUGCUGUAUUUGCCAAUGCUGGCUUUGAGGACGUCCGUCCAUACAAGUACUGGGAUGCAGAGAAGAGAGGGCUCGAUUUGGCUGGCUUCCUUGGUGAUUUGGAGAGUUGUCCAGAACACUCCAUUUUUGUCCUGCAUGCCUGUGCCCAUAACCCAACUGGCACAGACCCCACACAGGAGCAAUGGAAAAUGAUCGCUGAAGUUAUGAUGAGGAGGAAGCUGUUUGUGUUCUUUGACUCGGCUUAUCAGGGAUUCGCCUCAGGCAGUCUGGAUAAAGAUGCUUGGGCGGUUCGUUACUUCGUCUCCAUGGGCUUUGAAAUGUUCUGUGCACAGUCGUUCUCCAAGAACUUUGGCCUCUACAAUGAGCGUGUGGGCAACUUGACCAUCGUGGCUCGUGAUGCUGACAACCUGAAGCGUGUUCUGUCCCAGAUGGAGAAGAUUGUCAGGACCACCUGGUCAAACCCGCCAACCCAGGGAGCUCGCAUCGUUGCCAUCACUCUGAAUUCACCUGAGCUCUUCGCUGAAUGGAAGGACAAUGUGAAGACCAUGGCUGACAGGGUCUUGUUGAUGAGGGCUCAGCUGAAAGCAAAGCUCCAAGCUUUGGGGACACCUGGGACCUGGGAACACAUCACAGAUCAGAUUGGCAUGUUCAGCUUCACAGGCCUUAACUCCAAACAAGUGGAGUACAUGGUGAAGGAGAAACACAUCUAUUUAAUGGCCAGCGGUCGCAUCAACAUGUGCGGUGUGACCUCAAGGAACAUCGACUACAUAGCUGAGUCCAUCCAUGAGGCUGUCACUAGAGUCCAGUAGAAAACUACACUACCCACAGUUCUAUGCACUUCAUCCUCCUCUGCUCUGAGCCACCUGAUUCCAGGGAAGGUGUUCAGCUUUUCCUUCCUCAUUUCAGUGUUUGUUCUAAGUGAGGCUUAACACCUCCUGGACCUGUUUCUAUGGUAUUUAUCUUUUCUUCCAGCUCCUGGAAAGACAUCAAAUAUCUGCAGUAUUCCUUUAAGUGAUUAUGUUUGUAAUUUGUCCGACAGUUUUUUAAUGUUGGUCUGUACUUGUAGUGUGACAUCACUGAAUUUAUACAUGCGGUGUGGUGUGAAUGUGUCAUUAUCACACUCUUUGAGGGGGUUACAUCUGUGGCUCCACCGUCUGAGGACAUCGUUUACUGUUAUGCUGCUAUGACUUGUCCAUUCCAAGUGUUAAUAACACAUUUUAAUUUUCCAUUUUUAUUUAGUCAUUAAUAAGAGGAGGCAGUUUUAUUAAAUAUAAACAUAUUUAUGCCUCUAUCAGGAGUAAUGUGUCAGUAUUAUGUUUAGCAUUUGAUGCAAUUAGAACAAGAAAUAAGUGAUCUCAGGAAGAUAUUUUUAACCCUGUAAUUUAAUAAUGAUGCUGUCUUCAGCCAUAAAGGCUUUAUACUAAUUACCUCAUUUUGAAUUUGUUUUAAUGGAGCAAUAAUGACUCUAAACUGUCCAGGCUGGUGUCGUGACCACAGAGAAAUCUGUCUGAAUGUUGGGAUUUUUCUGCUUCUGUCCAGCUCCUACUGAUGAAAUGAAUGUUGAGUUUGCACAGCUAAAGUCUGUCUGCAGAACUAGAGCACUGUUAUGUAAGACCUACAUGCCUAUAGCACAAACACACUAAUGAUCAACCAGUUUGCUAUUGUAGACCAAUUAAAAAGGUGUACUAUUCAGCCAACAUUUCCUCACUGGACCUUCGAAUAACUUCUCCAAUAAAGAACUUUUAGCACUAA